AUGGCUUCCACCUCUUCUCCUAAAGCUGCUUACAGCACCCCAUCAUACUCCCUGAUUGACUAUGGUUCUUUUGCCUUGGCCGGUGCCGUCGGUUGCGGUGUUACCCAUGGUUCCUUGACUCCUGUUGAUGUUGUCAAGACCAGAAUCCAGUUGGAGCCAGCUGUGUACAACAAAGGUAUGAUCGGUUCUUUCAGACAAAUUAUUGCCAAGGAAGGAGCUGGUGCUCUUUUGACUGGUCUGGGACCAACCAUUUUGGGUUACUCUUUGCAAGGUGCCUUCAAGUUCGGUGGUUAUGAAUUGUUCAAGAAGACAUUCAUCGAUGCUCUGGGUUACGAAAGUGCUGUCACAUACAAGACUCCCAUCUACAUCGGUUCCGCUGCUAUUGCCGAGUUCUUUGCCGAUAUCGCUCUGUGCCCUCUGGAGGCUACCCGUAUUAGACUGGUCUCUCAGCCAAAUUUUGCUAACGGUUUGAUCGGUGGUUUCUCAAGAAUCCUCAGAGAAGAGGGUGUUGGAUCUUUCUACAACGGUUUCACUCCAAUCCUGUUCAAACAAAUUCCUUACAACAUUGCCAAGUUCUUGACCUUCGAAAUUGCCUCCGACGCUAUUUUCGGUUUCGUUCCAACCCCAAAGAGUGAAUUGUCUACCAGUGCUACUACUGGUAUCAACUUGUUGUCUGGUGUUAUUGCCGGAUGUGCCGCCGCCUUUGUCUCUCAACCUGCCGAUACUCUUUUGUCCAAGGUCAACAAGACCAAGAAGGCUCCUGGUCAAUCCACUCUAGGUCUUUUGGCCCAGCUGGCUGGUGAGUUAGGUAUCAGAGGUUCUUUCGCUGGUCUCCCAACACGUCUGGUCAUGGUGGGUACCCUGACUUCCCUGCAAUUCGCCAUUUACGGUUCUUUGAAGAAGGCAUUGGGAUGUCCUCCAGCCGUCGAACUUGGAGCUAGUGGUCAUUAA